AUGGCCAUUGAUUGCAUCCUGGGUGAGACAGAGCAGCCUGUGCACGCACACGCUCACCGGCAGCUCAAGGUCGUGCCAGUUUUUCGGAUCUCGAAAGCACGAACCUCGCCGCUGUCCACCGGGGCGCCGUACACCUCCCAAGGACUGGUCCAAGGUGGCUCCAAAGGUUCGUUGCUGGGACAAGGGCCAGCCUCUGCCCGCGGCCGGAGCCGUCUCCCCCGGAUGUCAGAGCGGUGCGAGCACGCCGACAGGCCGGCGACCACUGUCCUGCUCAAGGGCAGCAAGUCCACAAGGUCCGACGGUAGCUCCAGAGGCUCUACUGCGGCAACGGCCACGGCCCGGACAUCUGACGAAGGUGGCUACUGGUAUGGCCAUUGA